AUGGAGAUUGUGUACCGCUUCACGUUCAUUGAUGUCCUGGACAGCGGUUCCUGCACAGAGGAACCCGAAGAAGAAGGACCGCAUUCAAGAGCGGCGUUGCGGCGGGCCGUGAGCACGCCUGAGCUCGCGAGCCUGCCAGAUGAGGAGGCGGCCAAGUACAAGGCGGCCGAUAUGGAGGAGUUCAAUCACAGACUGAGGCAGAGGUGGGCCUACCAGGGUCCCCAACGUUCCCCGGCAACAGCUCCCGGUUCAGGAGCGCUAUCGAACGAGAACGACGCCUUUGUCCCAACACCUCUGGCUCAUAACGAGCCCAACGCCGCCAGCGUUCCGGCCGUUCUGGCCGCGCCGGCCGUUCCGGCUGUUCCGGCUGUUUUGGCUGAUCCUCCGCCAGUGCCGCCAGUUCCUCAACACCUUGGGAGCCUCGGCCACCCGGAGUUUUGCGUGCGUCCGUGCGUGCACUUCGGGAAGGGGCAUUGCCAGUUGGGGGCAGAUUGCCGCUACUGCCACGGGACCCACGAUGCACCGGCAAAGUUCGACAAGAAGCAGCGCGGGCUUUUCCAGAAACUGAGCCCGCUUGAGGUUCUGUACUUGCUACACCCGAUCUUGAUCCGCAAGGGCCAGCCUGAACUGGCAGACGCCCUGGAACUCAUCGAGUUUGAGAUGCAACGCCUGCAGGGCCCGGCGGCCAGCCAGGGCCUCGAGCCGGAAGUGCUUCAGCCAAGCCAGCGACGGCAGAUGCAGGCCUUGCUGAGCCGGAUGAGCGUCGCCGCGAUCCUGGGCAUGAUCUCGGGGGAGAGGUUCCGACCCGGCUUUGUGCAGGCAGCACGUGCAGAGCUGCAGACCUUGCGCCAGGGAUGA